AUGCAAAAUGUUGUUGAAAAACGCAUGAUUGAUCAAAUAUCACAAUUAUGUUUUUAUCAUUUAAUAACAAAAUGUUCAUCAAUAACUGAUACAAAACUGAGUACAACCUAUUCAUCGAUCGAUUUAUAUCAAAUAAUGGCUGAACCUUACGAACAAAAAGAAAAACGAGAAAAAUUAGAGUCAAGUAUUCGAAAUUAUGAAGCAGAAUUGAACGAGCGCUCGUUAUGUCCUCUUUGGAAAAGAGGACUAA